AUGUCUCAGGCGUUGCGGCAGGCCCUGUACAUGGCCAGGAGCGCGUUGGCCUGCGCCAGCCGGGAAUGCCUGACCAACCCCGCUGCAUCGGCUGUGCAGCUAGAACCCCGGGCCUUGACGAGAUUGCUGAGCUUCAGGGGGUUCAGGCAGCAAUCCUGGGCAGCGCAGAGCGCCGCCGCGGCCCCCACUGGCCAGCAGCAGACGGCGCCGCCGCCGCCAUCUCCUUGGACGCCGACGCGGGAGCUGAAGAAGCGUAAAAUCCUGCCCAAGCGCAUGCAGCACCUGCUGACGACGCUGGAGGCGGAGCGGGAGAGCGAGAUGGCGGCGGAGCUGAGGCGGCCCGUGUUUGGGCCCGGCGACGUGAUCGAGCUGCGGCUAUCUGUGCCGGAGAACAAGCGGCGCGUGACGGUGUUCAAGGGCAUCUGCAUCGCGCGCCGCAACCGCUCAGUGCGCACAACCUUCACGCUGCGCAACAUCUACGGCGCCUCGGGCGGCAUAGAGCGCACCUUCCCGCUCUACUCUCCACACAUCACCGAGAUGAAGGUACUGAGCAGCCGCAAGGUGCGGCGCGCCAAGCUGUACUACCUGCGCCAGCGCACCGCCAAGGAGCUUCGCACAUGA